ACCCAAUCGGCACGCUGUCACCCUCCUCGCGGUUGUCGUUCAAAUCUUCACAGACGUUAAGAAGAGCUUCCAACGGCAGAAGAGACUUGUGACUAGCCAGCUAACACUGUGCUGCUUGUCAACGCUCUCUUAAUCCAGAGUCUGCUGUUUACAUUACAGUUUCUUUAAGUGCACUCUAUCAGUUAGCAAUGGCUGAGGGAGAAGUGGAGUGGGAGUUAUGCAAAGAGAACAUCCAGCCUCUGAGACGUGGCCGAGCCAUCUCCGCCCUGCAUCAAGCGCUCGCCCAGCAGCAAGAGGGUACCACUAGUGCCAUCAGCCAACAAAAACAAGCAUACGAGUUAGAGCUUCGAAUGUAUGAUGGCGAUGACCCUCUUGAUGUGUGGGAUAGGUACAUAAAAUGGAUUGAGCAGACUUACCCACAGGGUGGUAAGGAGAGUGGUUUGACCAUUCUUCUGGAAACAGCAGUUAUGAAGUUUACAGAAGAAAAAAAGUAUUAUAACGAUUCCCGUUACAUCGACCUUUGGAUCAAAUUUGCUGAAAACUCUUCCGAUCCACUGGAUGUCUACCGGUAUAUGCAGGCUCAGGGAAUAGGGACAAUGCAGGCAUCUUUUUAUAUUGCUUGGUCUGAAGAGUAUGAAAAAAGAGGAAACCCACGGCUGGCUGACAACAUAUUUCAAGAAGGGCUCAAAUGUAGGGCUGAACCUCUGGACAGGCUACAACAGUUUCACAAGGCUUUACAGGCACGUGUUUGUAGGCAGAUGAUGACGUCAUUAAAUGAUCAGGAUACAGAUGAUGAGGAACCGGAGCCUCAGAGGGCUUCACUUACAGAGCUGAAGGCCAAGGGAAAGAAAAAAGCUGUUGCUCCCAUCAGUAGGGCGACUGGAACUGUUGGCUAUGCCAGGGGUCUGCAGUUUAAACAACCAGCUGCGCCAAGUCAGAACAGUCGUCUUGUAAUAUUUGAUGAGAACAAGGAGCAUCCCGAGCCUCAGGAACUCAAAUUAGAAAGUUGGGCGUCCCAUCCAACUGCCAAGGCCAAGGAGAAUGAACAGAAACCUGAUAAAUGGGCAAAUGUUAAGUUGCCCCAGAAGUCCAGAUUUGGUUAUAGUGUCGUCGCGCCACCGCCAAAGCCAACUUUCCAGCCCUUUGUGGAGGAGAGUGAUCAACCCCCUGUUGUAAUGCCAUGUAAGAUCAACCCAACCGUGAACAGUGUUCUUUCAGCAAGAAAGCCCCGUCGUGAGGAGCAAACACCACUAAAGAGGCUACAAGAGAGGCACCAGCACAUGCAGCUUCAGCAGGAAGAUGAAGACAAAACUGGAGAAAAGAGCAUGUACUGCAAGGAACUGCUGUUCAGUGGUGUCACUGAGUUUUGUUUUGAAGAGCUGCGUGGUGAACGAUACCGCCAGAAAUGCAGCCAGAGACUGGAAGCUGCCAGCAGUGAAGCAAGCAGCCAAGAACCACCACACACUAGUCAAAAAGAGUGAUGUGAACAAGUAGUUACGUCCAUGAUUUAGACUGAAUGGCCAUUUCCAUCCAUGUUAGUUUUUUGGUUGUACCUACAGAAAUAGAAUCUAAAAAUAGUCAUGGAAAUGGUAAUCUUUGUGCAGUGAUUGGGUAAUAUUUCAGGACCUUAGACUCCUUUAAAUAUGUUGUGUAUUCUGAUGCUUGACUGAUAACCAUUUUAGGAUUCUAUUUCUAUCGUUGUACUUAUCAAUGUGCUUUUGUAUAUAUUUGUAUAUACAGUAUAAAACUCCCACUAUACACUUACUGGCCACUUUAUUAGGUUCAAUUCAACUGCUUGUUAAUGCAAAUAUCAGCCAAUUACAUGGCAGCAAGUCAAUGCAUUUGACAUCUAGAGGCAUCUAGACAUCGUCAAUACGAUCUGCUGAAGUUCAAACAGAAGCAGUAAGCAGCAGUUCUCUGGGCAAAAAAAAAAUGCCUCAUUGAUGCCAGAGGAGGGUGGCCGGACUGGUUUGAGCUGGUAGAAAGACAAAAGUACUGUAACUCAAAUAGCAUAUCGUGACAACCGACAUGCCAAAGAGCAUCUCUGAAUUCACAACCCUCAAGCUUUGAAGCAUAUGGGCUACAGCAGCAGACCACACCAUGUGACACUGCUGUCAGCCAAGAACAGGAAAUUGAGGCUACAUUUGAUCAAAAACGUGGACAACAGCAUUGGAGAAGCAUUUCCUGGUCUAAUUUAUUUUAUUUUUUUUUUACUUUUCCUGUAUAAUUUGAAUGGUAUGGUCAGAACUUGUUGUAAACAAUGCGAAGGCAUAGAUUUAUCCUGCCCUGUAUCAACUGGUGGGGGUGGUGUAAUGGUGUGGGGAUAUUUUUUGGUAGACAUUGUGCCUCUUAGUACCAGUUGAGUACCAUUUAAAUGCCAAAGCCUACUUGAAUAUUGUUUUUGACUUUGUCCCUUCCCUUACGACCACGGGAUAAGUUCACUGUACUCAAAUGGCCUCCACCAUCACCAGAUAUCAAUCCAAAAGAGCACCUUUGUAAAAUUGGAGAUUUGCAUCAUGGAUGUUUAAUGCCAUCAUCUCAAUAUGAACAAAAAUCUCUAAGGAGUGUUUCUAGCACCUUGUUGAACUUACGCCAUGAAGAAUUAAGGUAGUUCUGAAGGCAAGAAGGGGGUCCAAUGCAGUACUGUACUAGCAAGCUGUACCUAAAAAAUUGGCUAGCCAGUGUAUACUACCACUAGCUGGCCUUUUUUAAAUCAUGUAUUAACAAUCAAGUUAAUAAGUAUGGUGGAUCCAGUGCAAAUUUUUUUUUAUAUAGAAAUGGCUAGUACAGACUCUGAUACUGUAUGAUGUGCACUUGCGCAGCUCAUUGCAAGAACCACAAAGUUUUUAAUAAACACAAUGCGUUUUUA